UGUGUUCCCUCUGUCUGUCUCUCUCUCUGUCAAAUAAGUAAAUAAAAUCUUUAAAAAAAAAAAAAAAGGAUGAGAUACUACCUGGCUUCUAAGAUCACUAUAAAUAUAUUAAAAUUAGGAUAGUUUAGAGUUGAGUCGUUGCUUUGGCCAGACCAGGACGUGUGGCCCGCUGCGCCCGCUCUUUGCACCCCGUCGCUCCCGCCCACCGGCAGGAUGGCCCACAAGCAGAUCUACUACUCGGACAAGUACUUCGAUGAGCACUACGAGUACCGGCAUGUCAUGUUACCCAGAGAACUUUCCAAACAAGUCCCGAAAACCCAUCUGAUGUCUGAAGAGGAGUGGAGGAGACUUGGUGUCCAACAGAGUCUAGGCUGGGUUCAUUACAUGAUUCAUGAGCCAGAACCACAUAUUCUUCUCUUUAGAUGACCUCUUCCAAAAGAGCAACAAAAAUGAAGUCUAUCUGGGGAUCGCCAAUUAAAUCUUUUUCAAAUUUAAUGUAUAUGUGUAUAUAAGGUAGUAUUCAGUGAAUACUUGAAAAAUGUACAAAUUGUUGAUCCAGACCUGUGCAUGAGCUGUAUUCUUCACAGCAACAGAGCUCAGUAAAUGCAACUGCAGAUAGGUUACUAUAAGGUGUUUAAGAUAAAAUUUCUUCUAGUUGGUUUUUCUUUUAAUAUAAGUGCCUGUUUGACUUUACCUGUUACUUUUGUUAGUUUGUAUGUUGCAUUUUUCAAAAAAAUAAAUAAAUAAAAUUAGGAUAGUUUAAAAUAAACGAAAUGUGUGUGUGUGUGCAUGUGUGUGUGUGUAUGUGUGUAGGGAGAGUAACAAGGCUUUAACAUGACUUGUAAAGAUUAUUAUUGUCUCAAAUGGAAGGUUACAUUUUCUGCUAGCUAACAUGAUUAGAAGAUGAGAUGUUCUGAUUAAUUCUGACUUGUGGUUUUCUUUUUCUUUAUUUUUUUAAGAUUUUAUUUUUUUAUCUGACAGACAGAGAGCGAGAGAGCACAA